AUGAACAGAAAGAGUUUCUCCAGAAUUACAUGGUUCAGAAGACAUAGGAAAGCUGUUGUGAACUCCGGGGACAAGAAGAUGCCAAAUGGGAUCUUAGAAGAACAAGAACAGCAACGGGUCAUGCUGCUCAGUAGAUCUCCCUCGGGCCCAAAGAAGUAUUUCCCUAUUCCAGUGGAAAAUCUUGAAGAGGAAAUCCGGAUGCGAUCAGCGGAUGAAGGGAAGCUCUUCCGGGAGGAGUUUAAUUCAUUAACACCUGGAUAUGUGCAGGGGACGUUUGAAAUGGCAAAUAAGGAAGAAAACAGGGAGAAAAACAGAUAUCCUAACAUCCUGCCGUAUGAUCAUUCCAGAGUGAUUUUGACCCAAAUCGAUGGAGUCCCACCUUCAGACUACAUUAAUGCGUCCUAUAUAGAUGGUUAUAAAGAAAAGAAUAAAUUUAUAGCAGCACAAGGACCGAAGCAAGAAACAGUCAAUGAUUUCUGGAGGAUGAUUUGGGAGCAGAAGUCGGCCGUUAUCGUCAUGUUGACCAACCUGAAGGAAAGGAAGGAGGAAAAAUGUUACCAGUAUUGGCCUGACCAAGGGUGCUGGACCUACGGAAAUAUCCGCGUGUCGGUGGAAGAUUGCAUAGUGCUGGUGGACUACACCGUCCGCAAGUUCUGCGUUCAGUCGCUUCAUGACGGUUGUAAAGCUCCAAGGCUCGUUACGCAGCUUCACUUCACCAGCUGGCCUGAUUUCGGGGUGCCUUUCACACCUAUUGGGAUGCUGAAAUUCCUGAAAAAGGUGAAAACAUUGAAUACUGCCCACGCUGGACCAAUUGUGGUUCACUGUAGCGCUGGUGUGGGGCGCACGGGCACCUUCAUCGUCAUAGAUGCCAUAAUAGACAUGAUGCACGCGGAACAGAAAGUCGAUGUUUUUGAGUUUGUGUCGAGAAUCCGUAAUCAGCGUCCGCAGAUGGUCCAGACUGACAUGCAAUACUCCUUCAUUUAUCAAGCCUUACUUGAAUACUACCUCUACGGUGACACGGAGCUAGAUGUGUCAUCCUUAGAAAAACACCUACAAACGUCACACAACGCGGCGCCAAACCUUGUCAAAAUAGGGCUAGAAGAAGAAUUUAAAAAGUUAACCAACGUUCGAAUCAUGAAGGAAAACAUGAGAACCGGCAAUCUUCCAGCAAAUAUGAAGAAAGCUCGAGUCAUCCAGAUUAUCCCAUAUGAUUUUAAUAGAGUGAUUUUGUCGAUGAAAAGAGGGCAAGAGUAUACAGACUACAUCAAUGCUUCCUUCAUAGAUGGCUACCGCCAGAAGGAUUACUUCAUCGCCACCCAGGGACCGCUCCCACACACGGUGGAGGAUUUCUGGCGGAUGGUGUGGGAGUGGAAGUGCCACACCAUCGUGAUGCUCACGGAAGUUCAAGAGAGGGAGCAGGAAAAAUGCUGCCAGUACUGGCCAUCAGAGGGCUCUGUAACUCACGGAGAGAUCACUGUAGAAAUAAAGAGUGACAGCCUGUUAGAUGCCAUAAGUGUAAGGGACUUCGUAGUUACGUACAGUCAGGGUAACCAGGAGAAGCAAAGCAGGCUCGUUCGACAGUUCCAUUUCCACGGGUGGCCAGAAAUCGGGAUUCCUGCCGAAGGAAAAGGGAUGAUCGACCUGAUCGCAGCUGUGCAGAAGCAGCAGCAGCAAACGGGCAAUCACCCCAUCACCGUGCACUGCAGUGCUGGCGCUGGAAGAACAGGGACCUUCAUAGCACUCAGCAAUAUUCUGGAGCGAGUGAAGGCUGAAGGGCUCCUCGACGUAUUUCAAGCUGUGAAGAGCUUGAGACUGCAAAGGCCACAUAUGGUGCAAACACUGGAACAGUAUGAAUUCUGCUACAGAGUGGUACAAGACUUCAUCGACAUAUUUUCCGAUUAUGCUAACUUCAAAUGAAAAUUCCUGCCUUAUUUUUUAAUUUGUCUGUAUAAAUAGUUGUAUAUUCUGUUAAUUUAUUCCAUGUCGUUUUGAUUGUGGACUUUUCCUGUAAAUACGACCUUGUGUUUGCUCUAAAAGUUGCAUUUGCUGUAUAAAGUUAUUUCUUAAAUAUAUAAAUAUCUUCUAAAGCGAAGUAUAAUGUUCAUAUACAGUA